AUGACGUCCCCCGAAUACAGCGGUCACUUCUCCAUUGCCAACAUCCCGUUCGGAGUAGCAUCGUCUAAUAAUCAUCGCGAGCCGCAAUGCGUCACACGACUAGAGAAUAAAGUCAUUUUCCUAGGCGCGCUACAGCGCUCUGGUAUAUUCGCUGAAGUUUCUAGCUUGCCGGAAGGAGUGUUUGACAAGGCAACCCUUAAUGAAUACGCAGCCCUGCCUAAAUCAAUUCAUCGCGAGGUGCGAAAAGUUCUUCAAGAUGUAUUGACGGCACCAUUGCCGGACAACAGCACGGAAGAUAUUAGCGCCGUUACGAUGCAUUUGCCUGUCUCUGUCGGUGGAUUCACAGAUUUCUCAUGCAGUCUUCAUCAUGUCCGCAAUGCGGGCCGAGCGAUUCUUAAUGAUGAAUCCCCCCCACCGGGCUUUUUCAAUUUCCCAAUCGGAUAUAACGGUCGUGCUAGUACGAUUGUUGUCUCCGGGACGCCGGUCGUCAGACCUAACGGCCAUUUCUUUGAUAAGACAGCUGCGGCUGAAAAAAAGCCCAUCAUUUACGGUCCGUCAAGGGCGAUGGACUGGGAGUUGGAAAUUGGUGUCGUUGUCGGACAAGGAGUCCCGCAUUUGCAAGGAUUGAAUGCGAAAGACGCUGAUGAGAACAUCUUCGGAUUUGUCAUAUUGAAUGACUGGAGUGCUCGGGAUAUCCAAGGCUGCGAAAUGAUUCCUCUCGGCCCACUAAACGGCAAGGCCUUUGGAACAAGCAUUUCGCCUUGGGUGGUUACCUUGGAUGCCCUGUCUCCCUUCAAAAUGGCAGGACCCAAACCAGAAGUGGCAUUGGCACGCCACCUCGAAGACGUAGCCGAAUCCGCGUAUGCGAUUGAUAUGAAGGUGGAACUGCUUGUCGGGGACCAGGCGACCACCGUGAGCGAAUCAAAAGUACAGGACUUGUACUGGAGCGGACGACAGAUGUGUGCCCACCUUGCAAGUGUUGGGGCCGAUCUUCAGACUGGAGAUAUCCUGGGUACUGGUACAGUCAGCGGGCCGGAUGAAGGGAGCUUGGGAUGUCUGCUGGAAAUCACCAAGGCUGGCAAGGAGCCGGUGACCUUGAGCGAUGGGGCCAAGAGACACUUUUUGCAGGACUGGGAUGUUGUUCGUAUGACAGCAGUGGCCGGCGGAUCAACUUCCGGGGUUGGAUUUGGAGAAUGUGUGGGCCAGCUGCGACCAGCAAGGGCGCUGUAA